UCUUUAAACCUUUGCUUGCCACCCAUAACUUGUUAUGAAAGGGUCGUAUCCUUCUUUAUUCAUUUCCGUUCGGGAAAAAGCAUCAAAUGGUGUCAAUAUUUUGACUCAAACUACUUUGUGUUUCUUUGAGUAUAGCAUGCAGUACACUACAGCGCCGGUUGGCGCUAGUGCAACUCUCCAGGCGCUAGAGCGCUUUCUUUUGACGGAAGUUCCCACAGAAGAAGAACAAGAGCCGCGAUGGUGCGAAUGAAGUCCAGGUAUUUACUGUGCGAAGUCAUCGUUCCGGACAGGAGCCGCUUGUUGCUGCUGGAUGACCGAGCUGUUGCUACGUCAGUGAAGGCAGCGGUGGCUCGCAUUCACGGGGACUACGGGGCAGCACUCUGCAGCAUCAGGUUCUCUGUCAAAUACCUGAAUGCUCAUACUGGAAUAGUAUUCCUGCGUUUCCCUAAAAGAUGUUACAAACUCCUCUGGUCUGCAUUGCCUUUCAUUACCAGUAUUGAAACUCGUGGGCAGAACAUUGAAUGUUUCCUGAACUGCUUGCAUGUGGGAGGAACAAUUAGAACCUGUCAGAAGUUUCUGAUCCGAUACAACACCCAGCAGCUCCAUCGUAUGCUACCUAAAUGUAAAAAUGAAGAAGAAAAACAACAAGUAAAGAAAGCUAUUCUGAAGUGCACUCUAACAAGAGGAAACAGGGAAGAAUUGGAAGAGGAAUUAUCAAGUGAUGACGAUGAAGAUUGACCCAACAGUAAAAGGCAACAGACAAUGUUGGUUUUAGGCCUGCAUUUAAACAUAAUUAACACUGGAAAUAUGUUUUAUGAUGCAGCUGCUUGGAGCCGUUUGUAAAUAUAUCUUACUGACUGCAUGCCAGUCUUCAAUUCAGGGUCAAAUUAGAUAUUUGUUACAUGAUUUGAAUUGGCAGGAUAGUCUGUCGGCAAAAAUAUAACUGCAAUCUCAUAGCACAAAAUAGGACUGGCCUAAUUCUGAGAAUCAGUUUUCAUUUGUAUUUAUAUUAUGUUUUAUGGUUCAUAUUUUGUCUACAAAUAAACGUAUUUUUGUCUGUACGUUGUCCUUAAAAUUAACUUUGUAUGCACCUAUACAUUCACACAAUUGAUUGCUAAAUGAUUGUUUAAAAUGUAAAAUAAUCAACAUAUCUAUUGAUAUAGUCUACAUUUUACAAUCUUUAACAACGACCCUACCGUGUCAAGAUGCUGAUGGCUUAAUCUGUGUAUUAUCCCAAACCAUAAACUGUAUAAUUAAACCCCUAAAAACCUGGCAUAUUCGUUCA